AUGGCCCAAACUCCCAGCACUAAAUCGCAAUCCUUCGAAGGAACACGAAUCACCGUCGAAUCAAGCAAGCCCUUCGACGAAGUCAUCACAACACUCUACUCAUCCAUUGGCUCACCUUCGGACACUGGAAAAUGGAUGGCCAUCGCCAAGAGCAUCAAAUCGUACUCCGAUGAAGCCCGAGAAGAGUUUACGUCUGCUACAAAAAAGGCAGUUGGACCUCACGGCUUCAUGAUCUUCCAGGUAUUCAAUCACGGAGCUUGGAUCCCACUCUUUGGUGUCGGAGGCGGUCUCAAGAUGACGAGAAUCAUCCUCGGCAAUCCUCUCAUUGCAAUCACGAUGUUGAUGAGAGAUUUGACUGCGGGUCUGUUUGUACCUGUUGAGAUGUUGGUGAUUGAGAAAGAGAAAGGCGGUGGGACGGAGGUGUUGUAUACGCUGCCGAGCUGCUUAAUUGCAGGGUUGAAUAAAGAUGAGGAGUUGAUGAAAGCUGUGAGGCUUCUGGACGGGAAGUUGGAGGGCUUGGUGAGGGAUAUUCUUGCUUGA